AUGCGUUCAUUUGUCGUCGCCGUUUUGUUCUUUGCUGGCAUCCUUGCCUACAGCAAUGCCAUUCCCCAGUAUGGACUGAACGAAGCGCUCAUUGAUCUGGCCAAAGAGUUGGCCAAGGAGGAUAGGAACAGUACCAUUAAAUUUGGCAACAAUACCGUUAUCAUAACAGGUAUAGCCAAUUCGAAUGCUAAUAUCAAUCGGAUACCCAACCAGAGGCCACAGAAAAAUGAGCAACCUUCUUCUAAUGGAUGGAAUUACGGCAGUUGGAACUAUUAUCCUGGUUACGGUUUCUGGCGUACUGCCGUAAAGCAGAAUGAAACAGAAUCCAUUGAGGAUAUUAUGUCUAUGAGUGAUGCUGAUAUGAAAGCUGAAGAGGAGGAUGAUCAAGAAGAGGCAUCUUUGGAUAAAGAAUCCGAAGAGGACGACAAAAGACACCCAAACCUUCAGUCCGAUGAGGUUAGCGAAGAGGAACUUAGCCAUGAGAACGACACUCAGGAGGAUGAGGAGCCCGAGGACAGUCAGGAGUAA